GGUGAUGGCACUGUUUGAUUGAGUAUAAACCGAUCUUAGAUCAGAUAAGAGGCUCGAAACGAAACAGCGCUAACAUGGCUCUCGGAAGGCGUGACUUAAGGGGCGUUCGUACGGCAGCUGCGUAGCAGUAAGAAGGUUCAAUGAGAAAAACGGAUCCAUCCGAGGAAGGGACGAGAUCGCCCGGACGUCUCCUCGACUUUCCUCCGGCGUUCGGCUUUUGCUAAGAUAACGGGCAGGAUCAUUCACCGUGGCCGGCUGACAAUGAGGAGCUGUGCCCUCCGGCUUGGGCCUGUCAUGUCUUCACCAUGACUCAGAAUGCUGCAGCGGGAGGACUUCCUUCAGUGUCGUCCCGUCCUGAUGUCGGCUGCCCCUGUCUGUUGCGUAACAUCCCAACUCCAGCGAGAAGCUGAGGACGUGGUCGUGGUGAUCAGCUGCCAGAAGAACCUUGCGUGGGGAGAGGGAGUCGCCGAAAUGGCGGAGAGCAGGAGCGUCCCGCCCAGUGCCAGCUGACUGACCGGACCAUGGCUCAGUACCCACCUGCCUUUGGCGGGGGCCUGGAUGCCUGGGUCAUCUCUGUGGAUGAACGGGCCAAGCAUGACCAGCAGUUCCACAGCCUGGCCCCCACAUUGGCGGGCUUCAUCACAGGUGACCAAGCUCGGAAUUUCUUCCUUCAGUCCGGCCUUCCUGCUCCUAUCCUGGCACAGAUAUGGGCCCUGGCUGACCUGAACAACGACGGGAAGAUGGACAUCCAUGAGUUCUCCAUAGCCAUGAAGCUGAUCAAGCUGAAACUGCAGGGUCACCCGCUGCCCCUGACGUUGCCCCCCACCAUGAAGCAGCCACCUCUCUCCAUCCCACCGGCCUCGCCUUUCGGCAUGGUGGGUAUGGCUGGAAUACCAGCCCUCCCAGGUGCACCCCCAUUGCCGGGGGUAGGCAUUUCGCCUCCUCUCGUGUCAUCUGUGUCUCCCUCCUUUCCCCCCGUGGCCAACGGGGCUCCGGCCAUCAUCCAAGCUGUGCCGGCAUUCACACAUCCAGCUACGGGUCUAAACAAAAGCUCCUCUUUCAACCGCCCCGGUGCCAAGAUACAGAAAGGACAGUCCUUCGAAUCGUCCAACACCCCAGCGGGCCUCUCCGUCGAAUGGGCGGUCCCACAGUCCUCAAGACUAAAGUAUCGGCAGCUCUUCAACAGCCAGGACAAAAUGAUGAGCGGCCAUCUGACAGGACCUCAAGCAAGGACCAUUCUGAUGCAGUCAAGUCUGCCACAAGCACAGCUUGCUUCGAUCUGGAACCUGUCUGACAUCGACCAGGACGGUAAGCUGACAGCAGAGGAGUUCAUCCUCGCCAUGCACCUCAUCGACAUGGCCAUGUCCGGCCUGCCACUCCCCCCGGUCCUGCCACCAGAAUUCAUACCCCCAACUUUCAGGAGAGUUCGGUCAGGUAGUGGGAUCUCUUUGUCCAGCCUGCAUUCAGUUGACCAGCUGCUAGCUGAGGAACAAGACGACGAGGAACAGCAGAAUUUGGAGAAGAAAAUACCAGUCACGUUCGAGGACAAGAAGAGGGAGAACUUCGAGAGGGGCAACCUAGAGCUGGAGAAGCGCCGACAGGCCCUGCUGGAACAGCAGCGUAAGGAGCAGGAGAGGCUAGCAGCCCUGGAGCGCCUGGAACAGGAAAAGAAGGAGCGGGAGCGUCUGGAUCAGGAGCGUAGGAGGCAGCAGGAGCUGGAGAAGCAGCUGGAGAAGCAGAGGGAGCUGGAGAGGCAACGGGAGGAGGAGAGACGCAAGGAGAUCGAGAGGAGGGAGGCCGCCAAGCGGGAGCUGGAGCGCCAGCGGCAACUGGAGUGGGAGAGGAACCGCAGGCAGGAGCUGUUGACCCAGCGCAACCGCGAGCAGGAGCACAUGGUGAUGCUGAAGGCCAGGAAGAAGACCCUAGAGUUCGAGCUGGAGACCCUGAAUGAGAAGAAGCAGCAGCUGGAGGGGAAGCUGCAGGACAUCCGCUUCCGCCUGUCGGCCCAGCGACACGAGAUCGAGAGCACGAAGAAGACCCGCGAGCUGCGCAUCGCCGAGAUCACCCACCUGCAACUCCAGCUCCAGGAGUCCCAGCAGUGGCUUGGCCGCCUGAUCCCCGAGAAGCAGUGUCUCAGCGACAGGCUGAAGCGCAUUCAGCAGAGCGGUGCCCCCAGAGACUCCCUGACGAGUCUGCAGAAAGCUCUGGAGCUGAAGCAAGCCACCCGGCGCCACCUCCGGGACCAGAUGGACGCGCUGGAGAAGGAGACCAGGUCCAAACUGCUAGAGAUCGAGGCCUUCAACACCCAGCUCAGGGAGCUGAGGGAGAUCCACAUCAUGCAGCAAAAACAGAAACAGAAAGAGCUAAGUGGGGACGUCCAUAAGGUCACAGGUCAGGAGGGCAUGGCGCCGGACUUCCAGGAGAGCAGGCUGAACCCGCUGCAGGACGGGGUGGUGUGCUCGUGGCGGGAUAAUGGCAAAGAGGGCCCCCCCACGCUACCCCUGCAGCCGUGGGCGAAGGUGGUGUCCGAGGAAUACAGCCAGAGCAAAAUCGACAUGCACGAGAAGCUGAGCAAGAUGUUCUCUCAGCACCCGGACCCAGGGAAGCUGCCUGGCCAAUCUCCGUGGCCCAUGGCUGAGAAGGUGCCCGUCACAGGCUUCAACCAGGACAAAGUGAAGGUGGUCUUCUACAGAGCUCUGUAUCCGUUUGAGGCUCGCAGCCACGACGAGAUCACCAUCCAGCCUGGGGAUAUUGUCAUGGUCAAAGGGGAGUGGGUGGACGAAUCCCAGACAGGCGAGCCAGGCUGGCUGGGUGGGGAGCUGAAAGGCAACACCGGCUGGUUCCCUGCCAAUUACGCAGAGAAGAUCCCAGAGACGGAGGUGCCCGCCAGCAUCCGUGCAGGGGCGGGCUUAGGGCCACUGCCCAGCCUCACUGCCUUUGCCACCCCCACCACCUCUGGCCCCACCCCCACACCAGCACAAGCCCCGCCCACCGAGAUCAUGGCCGCUUCCCCUGCAGUCGUAACUUCCACCGCCUUGCCUGCCCCUGCAUCUUCAUUGUCCUCGUCUGGCAACUGGGCUGAUUUCAGUAGCACAUGGCCGUCCAAUGCUUCGGAGAAGUCGGAGGCGGAUGCCUGGGACCCUUGGCCCACGCAGCCUGCCCUGUCGGUCCCCAGCGCCGGGCAGCGGCGUCAGCGAUCCGCCUUCACCCCUGCUGCCCUCACAGGGUCGUCGCCAUCACCGGUGCUGGGCCAGGGGGAGAAGGUGGAGGGUCUCCAGGCUCAGGCCCUGUAUCCGUGGAGAGCAAAGAAGGACAACCACCUGAACUUCAACAAGAGCGACGUGAUCACUGUGCUGGAGCAGCAGGACAUGUGGUGGUUUGGGGAAGUACAGGGCCAGCGGGGCUGGUUCCCCAAGUCCUAUGUGAAGCUCAUCUCAGGGCCUCAGCGUCAGUCUGUUAGCAUCGAUUCAGGUUCAUCAGAAAGCCCCCCCAAUGUGAAGCGGCCCAACCCCUCACCCAGCAGCAAGCCCCUCGAGGGUGGUGAAGAAUACACAGCGAUGUACACCUACGAGAGCAGCGAGCAGGGGGACCUGACCUUCCAGCAGGGAGAUGUGAUCAUCGUCCUGAAGAAGGAGGGAGACUGGUGGACUGGGACGGUGGGGGACAAGACCGGAGUCUUCCCGUCCAACUACGUCAAACCCAAGGACUCUGAACAGGGGCCGGGCCCAGCCGGGAAAAGCAGCAAUCUGGGAAAGAAGCCAGAAAUCGCCCAGGUGAUCGCCCCCUAUGCAGCCACGGGCCCGGAGCAGCUGACUUUGGCCCCUGGACAGCUCAUCCUCAUCAGGAAAAAAAACCCCGGAGGCUGGUGGGAAGGGGAGCUGCAGGCGCGGGGAAAGAAGCGUCAGAUUGGCUGGUUCCCGGCCAAUUACGUGAAGCUAUUGAGCCCGGGGACUAGUAAAACCACACCCACAGAGCCCACACCCCCCAAACCCAAGGGGCCGAUUGCAGUGUGCCAGGUGAUCGGCAUGUAUGACUACAUCGCACAGAACGACGACGAGCUCCCCUUUGCCAAGGGUCAGAUAAUCAAUGUGCUGAGCAAGGACGACCCUGACUGGUGGAAGGGCGAGCUGAAUGGUACUCUGGGCCUCUUCCCCUCAAACUACGUCAAGCUCACCACCGACACGGACCCCAGCCAGCAAUGGUGUGCUGACCUACAUCUCCUGGACAUGCUGACCCCCAUGGAGAGGAAGAGACAGGGCUACACCCAUGAGCUCAUCGUCACUGAGGAAAACUAUGUCAGCGACCUGCAGCUGGUCACAGAGGUCUUCCAGAAGCCGCUUCUGGAGUCCGAGCUGCUGACUGAGAAGGAAGUAGCCAUGAUCUUCGUUAACUGGAAGGAGCUAAUUAUGUGCAACGUCAAGUUGCUGAAGGCCCUGCGGGUGCGUAAGAAGAUGUCAGGCGAACGCAUGCCGGUGAAGAUGAUCGGUGACAUCCUCACCUCGCAGCUACCCCACAUGCAGCCCUAUAUCCGUUUCUGUAGCUGCCAGCUCAACGGCGCCGCCAUCAUCCAGCAGAAGACUGAUGAGGUGCCCGAAUUUAAGGACUUUGUCAAGCGGCUGGCCAUGGACCCACGUUGCAAGGGCAUGCCUCUGUCCAGCUUCCUGCUGAAGCCCAUGCAGAGGGUCACCCGCUACCCCCUCAUCAUCAAAAAUAUCCUGGAGAAUACUCCGGAGAACCACCCAGACCACAGUCACCUGAAGCAGGCUUUGGAGAAGGCUGAAGAGCUCUGCUCCCAGGUGAACGAGGGGGUGCGGGAGAAGGAGAACUCAGACCGCCUGGAGUGGAUCCAGGGACACGUUCAGUGUGAGGGGCUGUCUGAGCAACUGGUGUUCAAUUCUGUGACCAACUGCCUGGGCCCUCGGAAGUUCCUCCACAGCGGAAAGCUCUACAAGUCAAAGAGCAACAAGGAGCUCUACGGCUUCUUAUUCAAUGACUUCCUGCUGCUCACGCAGAUCAUCAAACCCCUCGGCUCCUCCGGUUCAGACAAAGUCUUCAGCCCCAAGUCGCAUCUUCAGUACAGGAUGUACAAGACCCCUAUCUUCCUGAAUGAGGUACUGGUGAAGUUACCCACAGACCCCUCUGGAGACGAGCCCAUAUUUCACAUCUCCCACAUUGACAGGGUCUACACGCUCAGGGCAGAGAGCAUCAAUGAGAGGACUGCUUGGGUGCAGAAAAUCAAAGCUGCUUCAGAGCUUUACAUUGAGACGGACAAGAAGAAAAGAGAGAAGGCGUAUCUUGUGCGAUCUCAGAGGGCGACUGGCAUUGGAAGGCUGAUGGUCAACAUAGUGGAAGGCAUUGAGCUAAAACCCUGUCGUUCCCAUGGGAAGAGUAACCCAUACUGCGAAGUGACGAUGGGCUCCCAGUGCCACAUCACCAAGACGCUGCAGGACACACUGAACCCCAAAUGGAACUCGAACUGUCAGUUCUUCAUCAAAGACCUGGAGCAGGAUGUGUUGUGUGUGACUGUCUUCGAGAGGGACCAGUUCUCCCCUGAUGACUUCCUGGGCAGGACAGAGAUACGGCUGGCAGACAUUAAGAAGGACCAGGGUUUGAAGGGUCCAAUCACCAAGCGACUGCUGUUGCACGAAGUCCCGACGGGCGAGAUCGUAGUGCGUCUGGACCUGCAGCUCUUUGAUGAGCCGUAGUUAACCACUCCCCCCCCACCCCCUAAAUAAUGCAGCUUGCAGGUCUGGAGUGCAGGAUGCUGUGUCCACCCAAGAUGUUUGUGUGUUUGCGUGUUUUUUCUAAGAGCAUUUGGUUCUUUGUGUUUUCACAUGAUACUUUUAUCAUUAUUUUAAUAUUACUGUCAUUUUUACAUUGACAUAACAGAAGGAUCACAUGGGAAGGAUUCUGUGAACUCUUUCAUUAUGUGAAGGAAUUUUUGAAGUGUUCUUAAUUUUCUUGAUCAGGUGUACAGUUCUUUUCUGCCAACUGUCCCAAACACUAAAAAAUGUUUGAGUCUAUUAUUGACAUGAAAAAUAUUUAUUUAAAAAGUAUAUGAGUGAUUGAAAAUUUUGAUUUUCUGACAUUGCCCACCAAUGGAUGUAUAAGGUCACAUGAAACAUUUAUAUUUAUUUGAAUAUCACCCUCAAGUUUGGAAGCCUGUGCGCCAUGUGGAAUUAGGGUAGGGUAGGUUCUGUGUUUUGAGUCUUCAGUAGAGCACACUCGAUAAGAAACGUAAAACUUCAUUCGAUUUGUGCAUGGCUGUAGGGGAAGAAAAGAGCCUCAAGUGUCGGACUUUUUUAAAUUAUUGGGGAAAACGUGUCACCCUUAACUUUCUUUGAAGAGUUUCAGAAUGUUUUUGUAUUGUAGUGUGUAUGUCCAAUGUACAGAGUGGUUGAACAGACUAGCCUAUGGUAUGAACAAUGGUCACAUUAUUUCAGAAUGGAUCAAUAUAUUUACUUGAGUACUGAGUACUGAAGUCAUUAUUUUUACAUAAUGAUCAGUGCAGGUGCGUCAGACAUGGUACAACGAUACAAUACAUAACAAGCAAUUGCUUUGCAUAAGUGAGAUUCAGAUACUUUGGGAGUGAUGCUGGUUUGAGAAUGUGGUUUAUAUGUCAUGUCACUGGAUGGAUAUACACGGUAGACUGGUUUUUGUUUUAGCUCUAUGUAAUCCAAAAAGCUAGACAUGUUGUGCUUUGUUGAAGACUUGUUUUCGAAGCUGAUGUUUAUAUAUGUAUAUUGCGUUUACCAUAUAUGGACUGCACUGUAGAAUAAAUAAUCUGAGUUUCUACAAAAAAAAGAGUUUGGAAAAGAGAUGUGAUCAUUGGUGGUAUUGAUUUUAGGAGUUAUUCCCGAAUCGGUACCUUCUUUCAAAUGCAUUUAUACAUUUGCAUUAUAAAAAUAUAUUGUAUAUAUUUUGUAGUUUUACCUUUGUUUCUACAAAUUACGAUAUACAGUAAUUUACAGUGUGAUGUGACUGAUAUGUACCAGAGAGUUUACAUCACACACAAUAUUUUUUUGGAAAAGUUCAGUUUAGGAUGCGUCCUGAAAACGUCCUAUUUUGACUGCACUGUAAGUAACUGUGGAAUAUAGAUUUUUUUUUUUUUUUGUCGUCUUUUAAUUUAUCUAAGAACUUUGAGUUUAAAUCAGAUCUUGCCUUGACUGAUUUUAGCAGUACCCAUAUCAGAAGUUGUAAAUGUUUACUUGGGGGGGAAGGGGGGGAGCAUUUUUCAUUUUUGUAUUUAACGGAUUUUUUUUUUUGUCAAGUUAAAAUUUUACAGCACGUGGCUUUUGGUGAGGACUUUGUUUGUCUGAGAAACAAACUUUCAUACAAUCAAAAAGAAUAAAGGGAACAGAAGCUUUGGGGAGAAUGGCACCUCACCCUGCCUAAUACGGCACCUCACCCUGCCUAAUACGGUACCCCACCCUGCCUAAUACGGCACCUCACCCUGCCUAAUACGGCACCUCACCCUGCCUAAUACGGUACCCAUACAGUGCGUCUUUGUCCUGUUUUGCAUUUUUAUUUAUUCGUUUCGCACUCUAUUAUUACUGUCUCCAUCCCUAAAAGUUGUUCCGUUAAACUACAUGCAGAGUGUAAAAUUCUAGGGCCUAUGUUUGCCUAUGCCUUUAGUGGCUUGGUAAAGGAGGACACUGUAGCAACCUAUACUACUGUAACCAAACCAUUAUAUAAAAAAUAAGUAUUAAAUGGACUUGUCCACACUGAGGCCUGCUAACUCCCUGGUCUUGUAUUUCGGUUGAGUUGGCAAUGUCAUCUGUAUCACUUUACAAAUACUGUUUGCAUUCAAUUAUUUCUGCUCUAUUUUUUUACACCGCGACAAAGGCAUCGUGUCUCCAAGACCUACGCUGUCACAGAAAGACUUAAUGUUGCUUUGUUCCAAGUAUGGACAGACUGGCACAGUAGCUCAUUUUCCUUUUCAAUUAACUUCCAUGAGUGAAAAUGUGUAUUAUGUGGCAAGGAGACAUUUGAUCGACUGUGUUGCCCAGUCACAGCCCUGCAGUCCUGGGAAGCUGAGGUGACUGAGUUGGCUGUUGUCAGGCUUGGUUUAGGUACGGCUCUUCCAGACCUUGGUCACUGCUCAUUCCUCUUAGGCUCUGUGUAUAGGAUGAAGUCACCAUUCCAGAGUGCCAUCCAUUAUGAAGGAGGGACUUUUCUCUCAUGAAUAAAGAACCAGUCGUAACCCAUGUCUACAGAUAAUUACUCUUGCAAACAAGGCCUAAGAAGUGUAACAUGGAACCAUCAUAUGUGGAAAUGUUAGAACGCAUCUUUAAUAUUUAAAUUACAGAUAGUCAACCCAUGUCCAUUUGAAAUGAAACAGUUUACAGGUGAAAACUGUAUGAUUUUGUUGGGGUGUAUUUGUAUAUUUAUAGGUAUGUAGACACUUCUUUUAAAGAGUACACCAUAUGCAAUGCCCCAAAUUGGUCUAAAUAAACAUCUGGUAACAAUGUUCUCAGAUUGCCAGAAUUACUAGAAACAUCUUUAGCCCUGUCAAAAUCAUGGGUUCUUUUUAAACAUUUGUAUUCCGUGCAAUUUAGGUCAUUUCUUGGUGCAUUUCAUCAUUUUUCCCUUGUCCCCAUAUUGAGUGUCUUUGGACGUGAUUUAUAUACUGUGUCAGAUCCAUUGUACGAAAGAUUUUCAGUGCUGUAACCUAUAGAACUACAGUGUACAAUCUCAUUAAAUCAAGUAAUUUCUAA